AUGAUAACAGCAACAAAACCUCAUCUGCUGCAGUCAGAGCCACAAACGGACCAUUCAUUCCCUUCUCCAUCUCCAGACGACACGGGACGACUACCUGCACCCAAGAGGGGUUUGGGCGGAGGUGAUAGCGGCCAGUUUGGACACAGAGCAGAGAGCAAAAUCAAAGAAGACUGCACUGAGACAGAUAAGACGGAUGACGAAGAGGCAGACGGAAAAUUGGCGUCCCAACAGGAAAUGACCCGGCCAGUUAAGAGCGCCGGGAGAGCUUCCAUCUGGUGCCGAGGCCGUGGAGGAAUUCUUUUCCACGAGGAGUUUGGACGCAACCAGCGGAGAGUGAAUCAGAGUUACAUUAUUCCCGGCGCAUGUGUGAUGAGGUCUUUAUUGGUGGAGAGGCUCUGGCGGAGAAGCUUCAGUGAAGCGCGGCAGGACAGUAGCUCGUGGCCUCCCUCUGAGGCCCUGUGUGUGGUCGCUCGGGUCUGCCCUGCAGUGGCCCGUACCAGGACUGAGAAUCUGAUGAGACACACUUGA